GUCGAUUGAAGCUCCCUCGCUCAUUUACAAGAACAAUUUUUCACCUUUCCGAAUGAUAAGGAUCGAGAAGCUGGAUUUGGAAGUUGGGUCUUUUUGAUUCGGCCGAAAGAUGGAGGCAUUGAAUUUGCUUCCCGCUCUCUCUUCUCCCUCUUGCUGUUCUCCUUCGUCUCCGCGCCCGAGGCGAGAAGGGUUCUGCUACUUCGCCUCGUCGCCUAGACACCGCAAACCCGGUUCGAAUCGCGUCGCGGUGAGAGCCGUCAGGGAGAAGACGAGCGAGGCGCAGAACCCACCUUCGCCGUCUGCUUCGGCGGAUGAAACCACCAAGAAGUAUGGCCUCGAAGCUGGUCUCUGGCAGAUAUUCAGUUCAAAAGAGGAAGGAAAGGGAGAUAGUGAGCAGAAGAAGUCAAGGACAGAUCAAGCCAAGGAACUCCUUGCCAAAUACGGGGGAGCAUACCUGGCUACCUCCAUCACUCUUUCCUUGAUCUCAUUCUCGCUUUGUUACGCCCUCAUCAGCGCCGGCGUCGACGUACAAUCUCUGUUGCAGAAGGGGGGAAUUUCGGUGGAUGCCACCGGAGAGAAGGUUGGGACCUUUGCUUUGGCCUACGCCGCGCACAAAGCCGCGUCCCCAAUUCGGUUUCCUCCGACGGUGGCCCUCACUCCCAUAGUUGCCGGUUGGAUCGGGAAGAAAGUAGUUGAUAAGGAGAAGUGAUUUGCACAUUGAUUCUCUGAUGUUCCCAAGCCAUGGUUCUGUAUCCUUACAUGUAAUAGCUGUAGAACAUACUUUUUGACAUUUUUCUCAGCACAAAUUAUGGCUC